CAAACAGAGGCACUGCUGCGAGGGCACCGUGUUCCUGCCAGUCCUCCCCACGUGUGGCUCAGCUGCUAAUGCCACGUCUGUCUGUGUCUGUGUGUGUGUGUGUGUGUGUGCGCGCUAGUUAUGAUCACCGUCCAGUGUUUACCUCGGGAAAAUGCGCGGCGUCUCCUACUGUGACCAAAGCAGCGAUCGAUACUCACCAAAUCUCCCAGACAUGCUUCGUCAGAAACACUUCAAAACAAAACAAAAAAACAAAACCGAAAUCCCAUAAUUACGGACGUGAUCUUAUCUCUCGAUUUUUUUUUUGACAGGUGUGAGUGUUUAUGACGAUGACGGAGUGUUGGUGAUUAUCGAUCGCUGCUUGGGCACAUUACGUGACGUUAGACGUUUUCACGUUAAGCGUUUCAGAACGUCCCACGUGCCAAGUGUCUGUAAUACGUUUAAAAAGUGAAUCUUUAUCAGUUCCCUGAUUGGACAUCUCCGUCUCUGCUGUGAGAUCCCCCCUCUGUGCACCUCAACACAACAUCUGUCCCGCGAAGCAUCAUGGGACAUGUCCUGGACUGACUCUGUGCCUGAACCGGAAAAAAAGUGUCUCUGGUGAGGGAGCCAAGAUGAGGAUUACCAACCGUCACCUGAAGAAGUUUGCCGUGGUCGUCACUUUGGUGUACGGUGCAGAGUUCGGCGCUCUGUACUACGUGCUGCAGAAGGAAUACACCGAGUCAGGCUGCAAAAGACGGGCUCUGCAGAAGUUGGAAGCGUGUACCGCUGCUGUGGAAAGCCUCGGUGGCCCACCUUUAAAAGUCUACAGCUUGAAUCUGAUUGACAAAUACAACCGCCUCCAUCAGGACACGGCACAGGUGAAGAUCCCCGUGGCUGGGUCCAAAACCAAUGGUUAUCUGUAUACGUCUGCAGUUAAAGACCCAUAUAAGAACAGGUGGAGUCUGCGGCAUGCUGUGCUCAAGCUGAAGGAAGGACAGGUCUUCACCCUGCUGAGUCCUUACCCAGCAGCUAAGGCUCAAUCCCAGGCACCGGAGCACGUAAAGGGGAUAGACACAGGUCACUGGUAAUUCCAAAAUCCACGUACUAUUGAGACGGGGUUGGUGUGGAAGAUGAUCUGCUCCAGCAGGUGCUGAGUAGGGGUCUGGUAAGCCCAAAUGACAGGGAGUUAUACUGUCAUUUGGAACAGUAUAACUCCCUGUCAUUUGAAAUAGACAGCGGUUGGCUCAGUGAGUGUCACCGGGCUUCCAACAGACUGCUCUGGAUUGUGGACUGGAUGUUUGGUUUUGAAUAAAUAAUGUGACAUAGGCA